AUGAAGUUUCCAGCGUUUUGGAAGCCAACAGAGCUUUACAAUACUCUUGUUACAGACUAUCCAAAAAUCCCCUCAUUAGAAACCUAUGAAUGGAGAUAUAUAUUGGAACAUGACGUUUGCUACGAAGCUAGCGUUUUUGAGAAAAUGGUCAUGGAACUCGUGUAUCAUCCUGAACGGACUAGCAGUGUAAUUAUGCGAACGGACAUUUUAUGUGACUCAAAUAAUGAAUCUUCUUUACAUGAAACAUCCGAGGUUGUCCUUAACAGCGACUAUUACCAAGUCGACCGCAGGAUAUGCCGUCGAAUUAUCCCUCGAAAUCAACAAUUGGAUGCUUCUAUGGAACAAGAAGCAAUUUUAAUGAAGGGAACAGACGAUAGAAACAAAAGACUUUUACUGUACUUACCAAAACUUGACUUAACUUUGGAGCAACCAUACGACCAUCUACCCUAUUACCACCCUGCAGUUGCUGGAGUUGCUUUGGAAUACACUUCAACCAAAAUCCGUGCUGCUUACUUAUUAAAUUCUAAGCAUCAGCAAGAGCUUUCAAUGAGGCUUCAGAGGACUGCCAAUAUGCUGUUGAUGGUUUUACACAAACAUUGCAAGGGUACAGUGGAAGGAUAUGAAAAACGUAUGCUGCAUGAUACGGUAGUCGAAAGGAAUAAAUUUCAAGACACGUAUGUAGAACUAAAAAAGAAAUACGCGAAGCAAUUAAUUGAAGGCUGGGUUGAAAAAACAGAUCCGAAGAAGCAUGUAUUUGAAGAUUUGGGAAUCGCUACAUUUUUGAUAGAGCUCUGGAAACAGAUGUAUCCUUCAAAACAAUCAUUUAAUUUUGUUGACAUCGGUUGCGGGAAUGGGCUACUAGUACAUAUUCUUCUUUCAGAGGGCUACCUGGGCUAUGGUUUUGAUGCUCGCGAACGGAAAUCGUGGAAAAUAUAUCCCGAGUUUGUUCAGAGGAAUUUGUCUGAAAAAGUACUGGUGCCGUUCUUCCUUAAAGAUCUUGAGGAUCAACCAUUGCCGUUUAUCCCAGUUGAGAGCUUUACGAUUCACGAUGGAAGGUUUCCUGUGAAUUCAUUCAUUAUCGGUAAUCAUGCAGAUGAGCUAACACCCUAUAUUCCAAUAUUAGCCCGUUUGAACAAGAAAUCUUCUUUCAUUUCAAUACCAUGCUGCGUCCAUGAUUUAACGGGAGCGAAGAUAUCUUGGUCCCUUCCGAAGCCUAGAGACAAAAAGCACGGUGGACGAUAUGCAAUGUACAUUGAAUGGCUUCGUCAAUUGUCUGAACGCUUUGACUGGAAAGUUGAAAUAGAGCCUCUGCGAAUUCCCAGUACUAGAAAUUACGCCUUGAUUGGGCGAUCUAUACAAGAAAAUAGUUCAUCGGAGGGUGCAACUUUUCCUCCUGAGACAUUAAAAAAAAUAAUAGACGAGAAUCAUGGAGCUUCAGGAUUUUUACAGCACGCUAUUCAGGUAGCAACGUCAAAUUCAAGAUCUCAUUGA